GAAAAAACUAAACUAAAAUAAAAGACUAAAUAAAUCUAAAAACCAAAAGGAGGAAAAACAAGGAUAAAGAAGGAUAAUGUCAUUGCUAACAAGGAAAGACAACGCGAACUGAAAAAUAAUUACGAUCCAAGAACAAUAAUAAUAAGCAACAUGAGCAGCCUGUCAGCGCCGCCAGGCGGCUGCGGAGGAGACGUUGCAGCGGCCCCUGCCACUGCCACAAGCACAGCGACUGCAACUGCAACUGCCACUGCCACUGCCACGGGCAACAUGGAGCCAGCGAUGGUGCCACGUACCGCCAAUUUGCUGGCAUGCAAACAAUGGUGGCGCGUCUGCUUCUUAUACGGCGACCAGCAGAAAUAUUAUCGACAGCUCUAUAGCAAGGCAGCGGCCCAGCGCCUGGCCGGAGCCAAUCAGGAGAACGACAAUGCGGCCCGUGGAGCGGGAGAGGGAGAGGGACAGGAGUACGACACGGUCGCGAUGGGCGAUGGCGAUUUUAUCGCGGCACAAUUAGAUGCCGGAGAAGAUGUGGACGAUGGCAUUGAUCUGGGAGAUAGCAGCCAGCCAGGAGGUGGAGUAGCAGGAGGGUCAAGAGUGGCCAAAGAAGCUGCAGGAAGAGCGACACCGACAGCGACAGCAGGUCGCCCACUCUUUCCACUCUCCUCCUCGCCGCGACGCAGCAAAAAGCUGCUGCGCUCUCUGAGAGCCCACGUCAAGGGAGAGAGCAGGCCGGAGAAGCCUGCGAAGGCAGCGAAACCGCAGAGCGAGCCGUCCAGCGAGCUGACCAAGCGGAAUGCCAGGGUGACCGUGCUCGAUGAUCCCUUCCUCUUCGGGAUCGACGCCGAUCACCUGGGCGAUCUGGUCAGGGGCAAGCAGUACAGUUCUCUAGAGGCCACCGAGAAUAUAGCCAAGUUCUACGAGCUGCAGCUGGAGACGACGGAGGCCACAGCCCAGGUCCUGGAGAUCAUCGAGCAGGAAGAGGAGCCCCCCGAGCCACCCAAGCCCGCCCUGCCGCCCAAGCAGAAGCAGCCACGUCCUGUGCCCCCGCUGCCGGCUCGGAUUACCCAACCAGCGGUGCUGCAACCUCUGACCGCCGGCGACCUACAGUUCCUGAAUCUGAGCCUGCGGCAUCGGAGUUUACCGCGCAGCAUGAAGCCGUUUAAGGAUCCCCACGAUAUCAGUUUCACUUUCAAUGAGCUGGACACGAGCACGAGCGCCACUGCCGCAGCCGCAGCCGCAGCAGCAGCGGAUGUGGCCACAGGAGUCGGCGUCGGUGUCGGCGUCGGCGUCGGCUCGUCGCAGCAGGAGUCAAAUGAGCCCAUCAGCCGGACGCCGCUAACGCAGAUCUCCUAUCUGCAGAAGAUUCCCACCCUGCCGCGCCACUUCUCGCCCAGCGGAUGCCCCCAGGGCCUGCCCCCGCCGCCGGCCUUGGCUGGCUGUGGAUCCGCCUUGGGUCUGCCCAGCAGCUCCUCGGCCAGCGCCCUGUAUGCUGCCCAGAAUGCGGGCAUGCUGCCCACCUCCCCACUGCCCCUGCAACGCCACCAGCAGUACUUGCCGCCCCAUCAUCAGAAGUUGCCGCCGCUGGGCGCUGGACCAGGCCAAGGCCAAGGCCACGGACUCGGUCUCGGUCUCGGACCGGGAGGAGCUGGUCUCCCGCAGUACUCGCCCGCUGUUUCGGGCUGCUCCUCGACCGCCAAGUACUCGAACGCCCAGCUUCCACCGCACCACCACCAGCUGUCGCCAGCGCUGUCCACCCCGUCGCCGCCAUCGCUGCUCCAUCAUCCCGCCGCGGGAACGUCCGCCUCGGCACACGCUCCCUUCCUGGCCGGCCCCCACAUGGACAUGCAGCGGCAGUCGCAUUCUGACGACGACAGCGGAUGUGCUCUGGAGGAGUACACCUGGGUGCCACCUGGACUGCGACCCGAUCAGGUCCGCUUAUAUUUCUCGCAAAUACCCGACGACAAAGUGCCAUACGUUAACAGUCCGGGGGAGCAGUAUCGUGUGCGACAAUUGCUGCAUCAACUUCCGCCGCAUGAUAACGAGGUUCGUUACUGUCACUCACUGACGGAUGAGGAGCGCAAGGAGCUGCGCCUCUUCUCCACGCAGCGCAAGCGCGAUGCCCUCGGACGCGGCAACGUCCGACAGCUGAUGAGUGCCCGGCCAUGCGACGGCUGCGACGAACUAAUCUCCACGGGGGACAUUGCCGUGUUCGCGACGCGCCUCGGCCCCAAUGCCAGCUGGCAUCCGGCCUGUUUCACGUGCUGCAUCUGCCGCGAACUGCUGGUGGACCUCAUCUACUUCCACCGCGAUGGACGCAUGUAUUGCGGGCGCCACCACGCGGAGACCCUCAAGCCCCGCUGCUCGGCCUGCGAUGAGAUCAUCCUGGCCGACGAGUGCACGGAGGCCGAAGGACGGGCCUGGCACAUGAACCACUUCGCCUGCCACGAGUGCGACAAGCAGCUCGGCGGUCAGCGGUACAUCAUGCGGGAGGGCAAACCCUACUGCCUCCACUGCUUCGACGCGAUGUUCGCGGAGUACUGCGACUACUGCGGGGAGGCCAUUGGCGUCGAUCAGGGGCAGAUGAGCCACGACGGCCAGCACUGGCAUGCCACCAACGAGUGCUUCUCGUGCAACACGUGCCGCUGCUCGCUGCUCGGACGCGCCUUCCUGCCCCGCCGUGGGGCCAUCUACUGCUCCAUCGCCUGCAGCAAGGGGGAACCGCCGACGCCGUCCGACAGCUCUGGCACCGGCAUGUACACCACCCCCAUCCCGCCCACGCAACGGGUGCGUCCCCAGACGCGUAUCACCAGCAGCCACGCCUCCAGCUCGCCGCCCAUGUCGCCGCAGCAGCAGCAGCAGCACCAGGCGAGCUUUAACCAGGCCAUGUACCAGCUCCAGACUCAACAGCUGGAGGCGGCCGGAGGACCAGUGGUCGGCGGCAGUCUGAUGGGACUGGGCGGGGAACUCUCAUUGCUGGAACAGGCCAAGCAGAGCCAGAGCCAGAGCUACGCCACGUCCGACUCGGAUGCGGGUGUGGUCAAGGAUCUGGAGCACUGCAGGAGCGGCGACCAUGCGGGCGGCGGGGACUUCACCGACUUCUCCGGCGGGCGAGCCACAAGCACCUCGCAUAACAUGUCGCCCCUGAAUUCUCCCGGAGACUUCCAGCCGCACCUGAUGCCCAAGCCCAUGGAGCUGCAGCGCGAUGGCGUCUACAACUUCAACGAGAUGUCCUCGAAUCUGGACACGGCCUGGCCGGCCAAGCCCCCGCUGGGAGCCACCCACAGCUACCAGCUGGAGCGGCAGCUAAUGGAGAACCAGCACACCUCCAGCAUGCCAGAACUGGCGGGGAAGGGUCCAAUGCUGCAGCACCAGAUGGCGGCCCACUUUGGUCAGCAGCCGGCGCUUCACUCCUCCGCCCAGCAGUUCCAGCACGAGUACGCGGACAUCAUGCACCCACCGCCCCCGCCCCCCGAAAGGGGUGCCGUCGGAGAGGUGCCAGAGCUUCCGACGCCCAACCUGAGCGUCGCCUCCACGGCCCUGCCCACAGAGCUUAUGGGCUCGCCCACACACUCCGCCGGUGAUCGCUCCCUAAACACGCCCCUGUCGGCGCACUCGGCCACGCACGGCCCCACGCACCCAGUGUCCAUCCUGAGCGGGGCCUCCUCCUCCUCCCCCAUGAGCGGAGAGCCGGCCAAGAAGAAGGGCGUCCGCUUCGAGGGAAUACCGGACACAUUGCCCCGCUCCCGCAGCUACUCCGGCAAUGGAGCUGGCACGAGCGGGGGAGGCGACAAGGAGCGCGAUCGGGAUCGGGAGAGGGACAGAGAUAGAGACAGAGACAAGGGUGGGGAUAAGGAUAGAGAGAGUGGUCGCCAUGGGCCUGGACAUUCCUCGAGGCGUAGACGUCGCCGCAAGUCCACCUCCUCCACCUCGUCCGGAAACCACCAUCGCAGUGGCAGCGGCCACCGGUCGCACUCCACCACCCGAGCAGACACCUAUGCCCCCGCCCAGCCGUUGUCCUCCUCCUACCAGGGCCCGCCCUCCGUCCUGCAGGCGGACAGCGAAGCCGCCCACAAGUCGCCGCGCCAGCAGAGAGAACGGGAGCGCGAGGAGUCGGCAGAGGAGUCGGACGUAUGCUCCACGUGCUCCUCGAGCUCCUCCAGCUCCGAGGACUACAUGAUGAUGUACCAGCUGCCGCAGCGGCGGCACUAUGGCGGGGUGCGUGUCAGCUACGUGCCCAACGAUGCGCUGGCAUACGAUCGGAAGAGGAAGCCCGCCGAGAUGGCUGGCGACAAGGACAAGAACUGCAUCAUCUCGUGAUGCUGCCGAACCCGAGGCCAUUUUAAUUAGAGCUGAUUGCCGAGGACUAGGUCCAGGUGGAUGUGGAGGUGAAGGCGAAGGCGCAGCCGCAACAGAGAGCAGGCGAAGCGUGGCAAGGAGGUUAUUAAUGAGGCGCCCUGGGCACUCCACUCCGAUUCGAGCUGAAUGCCGACGCUAACGAAGUAGCCACAGACCCUGCGAGGGAUCAUCAAUUGUCCAGACCAGACCAGACCAGAACGGAACGGAAUGGAAUGGAAUGGAACGGAGGCAAGAACUCAAGAAAGCAAAGCAAAGUUCAACUUGACAUUAAGGCACACAGAGAAACAUAUGCAACUCUAUCAGAGGACGAAACCAUACAAUAAGAGCCAGACGAGUGGGCUAAACACUGUUCCAAAUACGAAUCCCUAGAUAAGCGAAAAGAUUAAGAUCAUCUUGAAAACUAUUUUUAUAUAUUUUAUGCAUAUUUUGGAGAUAACCCUAUUUAUACAUAUGUACAUCCAGAAAGUAAGAGAGAUAUAUAAUGAACUGUAUUUAUUGCAUCCACUACAUAUAGUACGCGUAUAUUUUUUUUUUUUUUUUUUUUAGGAUUUAAGGUACCAAGCUACACGCGUAUAUUUACUAAAUGCGAUGUGGCAUCUUCGGAGCCGAUGCUACACGAUUGGGCUAAUGAUAAAUGUAUUAAAAUAAUUAUACUUUAAGCCAAUAAAUUGUAUUGCAUUCUCUUGAAUAAAGAGUUCAAAGAAGGUACACAAA